AUGAGAUAUAAAGAAGGAAAUGUUAAGCGUUCACCUACGGAAUUUCAGUUUUGUUCAGAUGUUUUCGGCUUUCAUGUGACUGGAAUGAAGGUCACGCCCAUCUCAAGCUCAAGGUUGUCUGAAGAUUCUUCAGUCACUAUAUCAAGCGACACAGCUGUUUCUCUUUCUUCAUAUGAUGAAGAUCAGGGAUCUAAACUUAUCCGAAAAGCUAGAGAGGCCCCAUUUGUCCCCACUGGAAUGGCAGGUUUUGCAACAAUCGUUGCAUAUAGAUUAUACAAAUUGAAGAGCAGGGGAAAUACUAAAAUGUCUGUUCACCUGAUCCACAUGUGCAUGACAGCCCAAGGCUUUGUUGUGGGAACAAUGACUCUUGGUAUGGGCUAUUCCAUGUAUCGAGAAUUCUGGGCAAAACCUAGACCUUAA